GCGUCAGGCUUUAGGUGGGGAAUCGGGACACGUGAUCUGCAAGUAAGCAAAUACUUCUAUCAUGGUGAAAGCUGACAACGACAUGAUGAACAGCCCAGCUCUGUAAAUACCAAUAAGGGAAAAUGAAUGGCACUAAUUGCAUCCCGCAGUUCCCCUUCCUUUGGUCCCGAGAGACGGACACGGCGCUGCCUCGCCGCCGCCUCGCCGCCGCCUCGCCUCGCUUCUCGCUGUCCCGCCUCGAAAAUUUAACACUUUAGUUUCUUCUUCCUAUUGAAUGUCACAAUAAAAACUUUUACUAACAUCACUAAUUCAUUGUACUAAUUAAAAUAGUAUUAGUUCCCUCAUCUCCCGGCGUUAAAUUUAAUAGGUAAAUCUUGCCUCGAAAGUGUUUAUGAAAGGGGAAGUUGUGUCGUAAAAAUACACUCGUAAAGAAAUUUAGGAAGGGGGAGGAGAGGAAAUGUGAGGAAUGCGAGAGCCCCGUGGGUUUGAGGCGGGUCCCAGACGAGCGUCCCUGGGAGGGGUGACAGGGAAAGGUGAGGCUUGCCCAGGCAGUGACAGCUGCCACCGCACCCUUCACUGACGGACGGAUGUGCCGGCAGGCCUGCCAAUAACAGCUCCGGCAGCAAAACUCGACGGGGAGCCAAAGGAGGACAUUAUUGGUGUAGUGAGACUGCCUGUGUGUCGGGGCGCUGCGAGGGGAGAGGCUGGAGGCUGGCGCACCAUCGCUGGCCCCGCCCUCGUGCAGCUGUGAGGGACCUCGCCUCCCUACAGGUGAUCGCUAAUAUAAAGGCGCGGGCGUCAUAAUGAAACUUAUUUUUGGAAAGGUGGGUGGCAAGGGCGGUUUUGUGGGCGUGGUGCGGAUUUCUUGCCUUAUUUCAGUUGCUGAGUACAGUUGCAGUGAGGGGUGCGGCGAGGGUGAGUGAGUGGUGGGCUGGUGGGCUGGUGGGAGGCAGUGAUGGAGCCUGGCUGCCCCGCGGCUCCUCCCCUCGGGCACCAGUCAGUCCCGGGGUAACGAGUGCACCGCGCGCCGUGCCGCCGCCUCCUGACUCUAGUGAUGGUGAUAUUUCAGAUAUUUGUAUUUAAGAAGUAAUAACGACGCCGCCCAUGUUGUGAGGGCACCCGGCCCGGCAGGGGAGACGGGCGAACAGAGGCGAGGCAGUAUGCAUGACCACAUCCUUGGGGUGGGUCAGCCUCACGGGACGCCCCCUCAGUCCCCUCGCCAGGAACGCACUGAAGGGGACGUGACGCGCAGCGAUUCCUAUUGCCUGGCAAGGGGAGGCAAGGUGGUGUCAUCGCGCCCUUGGGCCGCCAACGGAAUCCGCGCACUCAACAUGCGUGCCGCGGAGAGAGGAAAGAAUGUGACGGAUGGCCAGCACCCUCCGUCACUCGCCUCAGAGAUGUCUUCGUCAGACUCGGAAAGUGACUCUGGCUCUGGUGAUUCGGAGGAAACUUCCGAAGAUGAAUACGAGACGAGUAGUGGGAGACCCGUUCAGGGCCGCUCCCCCUGCACCAUUCCUGAAGAGGAGGAUGAUGCUCCACACCUUGACACUGCUUGCCCCAGUGAAGGAUCUGGACAGGCCGUUGGGGCUUGUGGCACUAGGGGCAAUUCUGUAAGUGACGGCCACCUGCGGCCUGGUUCAGUGAAUACCAGGAAACCAAAGAUACCAGACGUUGCUGACCAGGCUGAAAUAAAUCCUUUAAGAACCUUCGGUAGUGAUUGUGAUCCUGGUGAAAAUAUUGAGGAGGAGGUGGAAGAGGAGGAAGAGGAGGAAGAGGAGGAGGAGGAGGAAGACGAGGAGGAGGACGACGACGACGACGAGGAGGAGGAAGGAGAGGAAGAGGAAGAGGAAGAGGAUAGCGAAAGCGAGGAGACGGAAAGCACAGUGCGGGCUAAACCUGAUGGAGCCAGUGCACACACAGAGGUUGAGGGCAGAGCGGCACCUGCACGUGAGGAGGAAGACCACAACGACACGCUGAGCACGCUGAGUGGAGACCUCAGCUUUGACGACCAAGAGGCGUCCCCACCUCGCGACCUUGAGAAGGCGGGCUGUUCGGUCUCUACACCGGAUUCCCGCAGGCCGCCGAGCCCCGCCAGCUUCUCAGGUGCGGCUUCCCUUGCCGCUGGGCAUGACGGGCACCCCGGUGUUGAAGAGCGUGUGGGAGGAAGAGUGGCUCCAGACGGCGAACGCAGCACUCCGCAGCGGGAAGGCGUGCGUGCCGGAGUGUUCUGUAUAAGUGGCUACCCAAGACCAAACCAGAGAAAUGUCCACACUGUCAAUGAAGCCUCUCACCCCGGGCAUCGCCCCGACUCGAGCCCCUCCCACCACGACUCGUCUAUUUUAGACAUUAAGGAAGCAGAGGACGCAGAGCGAGGGGUGGAACACUACAGGGGAGCAAUGGAGUCCAUGCUCGCAGAUUAUAGCUGGGACAACCUCUCUUCUGCGUCAGACCAUGAUGGCAGCCUCCAGCGCUCGUCCUUCUCCAAGACACACUCCGAUGCUCGCACUUACGGAACGCCGCCACGAGAAGCUUGGCUUCCUCCCUCACGCAAGGCAACACCACCCACGUCGAGAAGCAUCGACUCCAGCCGGCGGUCAUCGGGCGGCCACUACCAGAACGUGGAGAGCUCGGGUCAGCCCAGGCACCGAGGCAGCCCAAGCUCUGCCACCGCAGACUACGCGCGAGGGACCAGCCCUGCCUUGGGGUUCAGCGCGGCGCCACCCCAUGAUCCCUCUCAAAUGUCCAUCAGCGAACAGCACCGUGCACUACAUGACCAACACAUGAGGUCUGAGGCGCGCCGGCGGUACAGUUCAUCGCCGCAGCCACAGCCUCGACAUAGAGCCCAGCAGGACAGUAGGCGACCUCACAGCAGCGCCUACGACGAUGUCAGCAGCACCGCCAGCGGCACAAGGGAGGGCGUGAGCGGUAGUCCCGCCCGCCCUCGUCCCGCAGCCUCCGCUUCGCCCAUGCCCCGGUUGCUGCUGUCUGCGGCAGGGCUGAGCGGCUCCGCUUCUCGUCUCAGCGGAGGGGCUGCGGGCGCCGGCCUGUCCACCUCCAGACUGGCAGCAUCCUACACGGCCCUCGGCUCCUCGGCCUCCUCGGGCUACGGCUCCUGUGCCGGGGUGGCCGUGGCCUCAACACGACACGAAGACUCUGAGGACCUCUCUGAUGUUUCAUCCGGCGCCACCUCAGAGGACUCCUCCAGACGCCGACGAAGACGCUCAGCACAGUCCAUGAAAGGCGAGGCAUCUGUUUCUGGGAAUGAAGACUUUGAGUGGGUGCGAGGCUCACCAAUGUUGACCGACUUACGGGAAGGUCAGGUCACGCGGCUGGCCACGCCCCCUGACCACCGCACUCAUUCCUUGAGGUCCACACUUACCACGCCAACCGAGGCAGUGGAGGAGGUCUGUGCCGGGCUGACUCCCCGCCAUCGUCAGUACCCGCGGCCCCCUCCCGUGCCUCGCCCUAGGACUCUGGAGGCCGGAGAGCUCGUCCCUCACAGAUCCAUCCGAGAUUUGUUAAGGGACAGCAUUCGGGACUCCCGUGACAGCCUCCGUGACCGUUUAUACUCUCCCUCUCGUGAGCUGACCGCGCACAGACUGUCCAGAGACUCGUCAGUAGAACGUGGAGCAAGAGAUUCUUCAUGUGAGCGAGCCUCUGUGUCCAGUCUCCACCAGCACAGCCACCACCACCACCACGUGACGCCUUCGCGCCUCAGUCAGCACGCUUGUUGUGAUCCUCCCUCCUGUUGGUGCGAGGAGGAGGAGCUUGACUACGAAUCCUGCGAUGAGCGCCACCACCACCACCGGCAUAGUUACCAUGAAGGUCUGCACCGCGCCCACCUGCACCAGCUGCAGCCCCACCAUCACCACCACCGAUCGAGCCGCGACCCAUCACGUGAGCGGCGUGGGUCAAGGGGUCAAGGGGCAGGAGACAGUGGCAGAUCUUCACCCUGCUGCUGUAGGCACUGUCUUCAGGCAGGGUCCCAUAGCUCCCUAGCUGGCCACGACUACUGUGCCAACAAUCGCCUGGCGCUACCCUGCACUAACAAGGUGGGUGGAGGCCUCGUCACCCCGCAGGGGAGCCGUCAACACCGCCGUCUCGACUCUGACUACAUCGCUUUGUGGAGCUGCCACUCCCCGCCGGGCAGCUCACUGGAGGACCGGGUCAUGCGCCUGGAGGGUGACAAGGAGUCCCUGCAGCUACAGGUGACAGUCCUCACUGAACAGGUUGAGGCACAGGCGGAGAAAAUCACCGACCUGGAGAAUCUGCUGGAUGACAAGAAGGAGCAGCUACAGAAGACUGAGGAGCAGCUUCAGAAGGAAAUUAUAAUUAGAACGAGUCUGGAAACUCAACGUUUAGAACUAGUAAGUGAAAUUAGUAAUAUGAAGCUUCACCAGGCAGCUUACGAAAGGGAAAACCUCGAACUCCGAGACAAGAUCCGGCACAGCGACCACCAGUCAGAUAAUGCAAAGAUGCAUCCAGUAACGCCUGGUGCCAGUCUGGGGCGCUCCGGCAGUGGUCGGGGUGUGGUGCCGGCUGCUGCCUCCACCCCAGUACGCCCCUUCAUUGUCACACCUGACUCACCACAGGCCGGUCACCAGCUUGCAGCCGCACUGACCAACUCCCCAUCACCAAGCAGCAUUUCCACCUUGUCCACCAUCCCUGCCUCCUCCCCCAACAAGUCUCCUGCCCAGGCUCCCACCGCUUCCCCUGCCUCCUCUCCAGUGGCCUCACACGAUGCACGAGAGUACCUGCCGCCAAGGACACCACCUCCAAAUGCUAGAAGAAAAAUUGACCAGUUUGGCACAGUGCCACGUCAGAGAGAAAUGGGUGUUGGAGGAGAAAACAACCAGACUGCAGCAAACACAGCCAGAACUAAAGGCGUUAUGUUCGGUAAAGGCUUCCACUUCAUUCCAUUCCGUGUGGCGGGAAAAAGGAGCACUUCAGCCCCCAACUUAGCGGAGACUGAGAUGCAGAUGAUUGAAGAUUUGCCUGAGGGUGAGUACAAGCAGCAUGAUGGUCUCACCUCCCCUGAGUCCUCCUCCCCACGUGGCAACACUCUAGCAGGCCACCGUUCGCCGCCCACUCAUCCCAAAGCAACGGGUAUCAAGAAAAUAUUUACCAAGCUACGUCGCAGCAGUUCUGGCCACUUGGAUGGGGAGCUUGGGGACGGAGACUUCCGACGAGGAGGAAUGAGAGCCACUGCCUCAGCCCGUCUAGGAUGGACGUCACCCUCUCUCAGUUUUAAAGAGCCCGGUGUAUCAUUUGACAAGUGGAGUGUAGAGACUCUGGAGAACUGGUUGGGAGCACUUGGACUCAGUCAGUAUUGUACAGCCCUUCGCUCCUGGACACACUCAGGCCACCACCUCUCCAAAGCUACUCCCCAAAACCUGGAGAGAGAACUCGGCAUCCGUCAUCCACUCCACAGAAAAAAAUUACAACUGGCAAUAUCUGCCAGACUAUCUGGAGACCAACUCAACACUCCACUGCACCGCCUGGAUCACUCUUGGGUGUUGCGUUGGCUAGAUGAUGUGGGUUUGCCACAGUACAAGGAUGCCUUCAGUGAAGCUCGCAUUGAUGGCAGGGUGCUCAACUGUCUGACUUAUGAUGAUUUGUCUUUCCUACGUUUAUCAAACCUUUUGCAUGUCACCUCGCUCAAAAGAGGUAUCCAGGUACUGCGUGAGCACAACUUCGAUCCAUCAGUGCUGAAGCGGCGUUCAGUGCCAGAUGAAGACCCAAGUACAAGAACAGCAGCACAAGUGUCACUGUGGACAAAUCAUCGUGUCAUGGAGUGGCUGAGAACUGUUGACCUUUCAGAAUAUGCUCCAAAUCUUAGAGGGUCAGGUGUUCAUGGAGCUCUGAUGGUGUAUGAGGUGCGCUUCACCUCUGAACUCCUUGCAUCUCUUCUCUCCAUUCCAAGUGGCAAAACACUCUUAAGGAGACACUUAAACACCCACUUCAAGGAAUUGGUGGGCCGUUCUGUAGUACAAGAGAAGCGUGAAUUAGAGGCUGCUUCUGGUUAUACUCCUCUCACGUCUUCAGCUAAAGUCAAGAUGCCAAAGAAGUCUCAAUUUUCAUUGAAACGUAAGAAAACCAAGUCUGAGUUGGAAUUUGAUGACUUGUUGUGCCCACUGGAUGAGAAACCUCCACUUGGUGCUCUGCAGGACAGAGAAAAGGAGACCAAUGGUGAUGGCAGACUCUGUUGAGCACCUACAGCGAUCUUCAGCUCCUCCAGCAGUUGGUCGAAUCACUAAGGUGUGAUGAGCUUUGUGGCAACAUCCAAAGCCCUUGACACCAGUUCGACACACAUGAGUUUAGUGCCUCACUCAUCUUGUGAGCCAGGAUGCAUUCAUCUAAGUCAGGGAUGAAAACAUUGCUCAUUCUAAAUACAAUAAGUCAGAGGAAAAUAUUCUUUUGCUUGUAAGUAGCAUCCCAGUUGCUUGAAAAAUUCUCUUAAUUUGCUUACUUUUUAUAACAAUGUUUUUUUUUAUUAUUAAUUUUAUAGUAAACAUAAUGAUUUUUAUAUGAUAAUAUACAAAAUAAUUUUUUGCCAUAGUGUAGGACUGACUUCCAUGAAUGAGUCUAAUGGCUCACCUCACCAGCCAAACAAGUGCCUUAGUACUAUGCUGAAGAGCUUCAUGCAUUUUCUAUACCUUGGCAAUAACAACCUAACACAAGUAUUUCUCUUCACACAAGUAGGACAAAAAACUUACACAAGUAUGUAUAUUAUAAUGUGCUAUGUGAGGACCUGAAAAUGGUGCAUUUUACAUUAAUUUACUGCAGCAGUAAUAAUGAGGGAGUUUUCAUGAAUAUCAUCAUCAUGAUAAUCAUCUUCAUCAUCUUCAUCAUCAUCAUUAUCAUCAUCAUCAUCAUCAUCAUCAUCAUCAUCAUCAUCAUCAUCAUCAUCAUCAGCAAUAUCUGUAACACCUCCCUCCACUCCGGGGAGAUCCUCAUUAAAGAUGGUCAUAAUAGAACUUGCUCCCAUCAAGUUUUGUCACUUUUCACAGCCACAGUAAAAAAGAAUAUAUAUAUAUAUAUAUAUAUAUAUAUAUAUAUAUAUAUAUAUAUAUAUAUAUAUAUAUAUAUAUAUAUAUAUAUAUAUAUAUAUAUAUAUAUAUAUAUAUAAAGUUGAAGCAACUAUUAUGAGUAAUAUUAAAAUAGUUGUAAUUUGUAAUUUUUAUUUUUUUUAUUUAUUUAUUUUUUUUAGAUGUUUGACUUUUUUUGUUUGUCUGCUUCAAGGUCCUCAUAUAUAAACAUACUUACAGGAUAGUAAAGAAAAGGAAAUAUGAAAUGGUUGUCUUGCUGGGGAAUACUUCCAUAUGAAUGCAUUCAGUCACUGGUAGCUUUAUGAUACUGACCAAAUAAGUAUUUUCCUUCUGUCACUUACAUUUUCUAAUUUAAGAAUAUUUAAUGAUCUACCAUGAUUCAUAUUUUCACUGUUAUUCUGGAGAACAGUUUAGACUUGAGGAGUGGCCCAGGGAAGUUUUAUAUGUGCCUUGUUGGGUUUUUAUUUUAUCCUGCUUAGUCAUAACUUUGUACUAAUUUUUUGGUUAUUGAUUAUUUUUGUAAUGAGAGGGCAGCUGAAUCAACAUUCUCAGUGAAUAGAGCAGCUUUUGUUCAGCUCAUAGACCUAUAAGUUUGAUUUUCAGGUAUGCAAGUCACAUUUUCCAAUAUACCACUUGAUCAAUGUUUCAUGUAUUUGAUGUAGCAUAACAUCAAAAUCUUUUAGUUAUUAUUUGCCUUUUCAUAGUGCUGAGUACAUCAGCCAGCCUUUGUGCUAUACUCUUGACAUGUACUGAUAUCACAGUAUCAUGAUAAAGAAAAAAAUUACACCCCAUCCCCUGCCUAGGACAGCACACAUUCCUAAAUUAUUUUUUUCCUUGUCAGUAGAGAGCCUCAGAUGGAAGUGUUGUACUUCAAGUAAUUUAUUCAGUUUUUUGCCAGGAUUCCACCUCCACCUGGCAUUUUGUCAUUCAGAUCAGAGGAAAGUCUAGCAUUAGCCUCUCAAUAUUGCAAUUUAAGUGUAACUCAAGGGAUAUCUGAUAUACAAAGUUUAGAACCCCCUCUUGUUGCAGGCCAGUCAUCAUAGCAAAUGGUAGUAGGGUUUGUUGCCAUGUGAAAUGGAGAUGCUGCUACCUCCUCAAAUGUUGGAGCCAUAGUGCAAAGAACUCCUACCAAAUGAAAUGGGAAUUAACAUGCGAGGGUUAUAUUUUCUAAUGCUUGUUGCCUGUUUGAGACCACGGCACCAUCACUACUACUUGUUCUACAGGGACUUGUAAAGGAAGCAGCAACAAUUUGAUAUUUUCAUUCAUUGAGCACAAGCCCCAAAGUUUUAUACUUUUACAUAUGCAUCCAUUUUCUCAUUUUCUUAGAUGUCUCAGUAAUCCUGAACUUGAUCCUGUUGAUCUUUUAUUUAUGUAUAUGAUGCCUGCUCCUUAGAACUCCAAGGGGAUGGUCAUGACAUACAAGAAGAUAGUAUACAGAUUAGAGUUAAGGGGUUUGUACUGCAAAUGAAACAGUUAAAAAGACCUAUCACAAUUUAUGAUGUAAAUUUGUUAUUACUUUGAUGAAGAAGCAUCCAGUCCAUAGUGCAUCUUUACAUGACAGCAGGGGCACAUUUUCUUUUUUUUUUUUUUUUCUUUUUUUUAAUGACUUUUCAUCUACUUGUCUGUGUUUUUCUUGUUUAAAGACUUUGAAUGGUAAACCAAUGAUGGGAACAAUAACAUGUUAUGUUUAAGUAAAAAAAAUAUAUAUAUGCUGAGUUGAAAGGACAACUUACUAAGUUUUCUGUAAAGCAUGAAUAAAGAAAAUAUGUGUGGAGAACA